AUGGAUUCAGCCCGUAAAGCUCCGAAGGAUGACUCUCAAAAAUUUUUGGAUGACGAUGGUGUCAAAUUCAAGGAGCUAUCACCCGAUCAGUAUCGAAAGGUUUGUCUCAACUAUGGUUUAAAAUAA